AAAACAGGUCAGUGAUGUCCCCUCAGCAUUUAUUUGCAUGAGCGUAUCUCAGAUCGGACUCUGGCUGAUGGACGGAUUUGCAUGAAGACUCUGUCUCAGCGUUCACGUCUUCAGACUCGUCACGGUUACUGUACGAGUACCAAACGUGGGAUUUCCUGCUGUGUAUCGGGUUUGAGUGGAACCUUGCUCAGAAGAAAUCUCACGAUGAUCCUGAGUUCAAGCAGAAGAUCGGCUCCGUCACGCGUUCUCCUCCUCCUGUGUGCAGGAAGCGUGCUUUUCAGUGCAGACAUGACCCUGGCGAUGACGAUUACCUCCACCGGGCCUCAGACGUUACAGCUGCCACAAGGAGAACAGACAACACUCGGCUGUACGUACACGUCUGCGCCUGAGGACACCGGUGACCUGGACAUUGAGUGGACGCUGGUCAGUCCAGACACCACGCAGAAAGACGAAGUGCUCCUAUCGUACUCUGGUGGGAAGAAAUAUUAUCUUGGCAACCCAGCGUUAAUGAAGGGUGUGGACUUUGCGGUGAGCGACCCCUCUCAGGGCAACGCCUCGCUCAUGAUCACUAAGCUCACGUCUGCACACACGGGAACGUACCUGUGUAAAAUCAAGAAAGCUCCAGGAUUGGACACGCGCAAAAUCACUCUGCAGAUUCUGGAGCGACCGUCAGUGCUGAAGUGUUGGGUGGAAGGGAACGAGGACGUGGGGACGUCCGUGUCCCUCCACUGCAGGGCGGAUCAGGGUUCUCCACCCCUCCAGUACACGUGGGGGAGAGAGAACGGGGCUCCGAUUCCUCCCUCCAUCACACAGGAUGCGUUCCUUGGAGGACUCCACAUUUCCAAUCACUCGGUGGCCUUGGCGGGUGUCUACACAUGCGAGGUGUAUAACGCUGUCGGGAAAGAGAGCUGUCGAAUCAAACUGCAAGCCAUCACCGCUGCUAGCAGAGCUGGUGUGAUCGUGGGCAUCGUGUGUGGAUGUCUGCUUCUCAUCGCCAUCAUCCUCAUCAUCUUGUUGCUCCUCCUGUUCCGAUGCAGACAACAGCGCCAACGCUACGAGAAAGAGUUCGCCAACGAGAUCAGGGAGGACGUCGCACCGCCCGAGAGCCGACCGACGAGCCGUGUUGCGAGCCUUAACUCCAGACGGGCCUACAGCCAUGUCACCCAAACCGAGCAGCACCGAGCGGCGUCCAGCAUAACGGGAAACACACUGCCUAAAUACGACGAAAAAUACGGUUACAUCGUCUGACACCUCCAGAUAUCAUAAGAUCUACCAUGCACAGAUAUAAAUACGAUAUAUAACUCAGUGCUGGAGGGAAAUACACUCACUCUGUAUACAGUGUGUUAUUUAUAAUGUACAUUUAUUAUAUGCUGAUGUUAAGAUUUUCAAUAGAUAUAUAUUUUUUUAGUUUUGUCAAAUAAAAGUAAUACGCAUGUCUCUGUAUGUGUGAAUGUUUUGUUUUAAUUGUGUAAAAAUGUUGUAAAGUGAACUAAUGGCAUCAUAAUAUAUGGAUGUAUUUUUUAGGACAUUUGUAUUGUAUUAUUGAUCAUACUGUGAACAUAACAUCAUUACUAUUCAUUAUCUAAUAAUCAGUAUAGACAGAUAAGACACACCUGUUACUGUAAAUAAAACAACAAACUUUCAUUAAAUGUUUUGUCUUGUCUGAGUGUGAAAAACACUCACAAAAAGUUUUUUUCUUUACUUUCUUUUUGACAUAAGGAAUAAAUAUUGCAAGAUAGGCAGAUAAAAUUCUGAAUAAAAAUGAGACCUGGAGAAGACGAGCAUAACAAAAUGUCUCAAAGUAGAUGCUAAAUAUUUUCAAUACAUGUUUUA